CAACACUCUGACCUCCCGUCGCCUUGCGGCUCGGUAAAAUAUCGACGAUGCGGAUGGUGAAGGCAGGAAGCGUUUGUUGCAGCUGACGCGUGAACGCUCGUGCCGCCUCAGAAACGAAGCAGCUGGCGCGGAGCUCGGAGGAGGACGGUGAUGAUGAUGAUGCUGAGGCUGUGGAGAUGAGUGGUAUUAAUAGGAGGCUUGAGUGUCACAGGCUUCCACUGCUGAGACCGGGGGGCUUGGUGGAGAGUCGGCGGACCGGGCUGGGGGGGCUUUCUGUCCACACUGCGCAGUUGGAAUAAUAAAAACAGCAAGAAGAAGGAGACAGGGAUUCACCGAAAGACAUCAUGGACGUGCUGACAGUUCUGAACUUGGGCGAUAUUGCCCAGGCUUUCUCCAAAAUGGGAAUGUUUCCUGUGUUUGAUCUCGCCUAUUACAUCGUGUCAAUCCUCUACCUCAAGUACGAGCCAGGCUCGGUGGAGGUCUCCCGCAGGAGCCCCGUGGCCUCCUGGCUCUGUGCCAUGCUCUACUGCUUCGGUAGUUACAUCCUGGCUGACAUCAUGCUUGGACACAGCCCCGUCGACUACUUUCAACACAACAGCCACAUCCUGCUGGCCUCCGCUGUGUGGUACCUCAUCUUCUACUGCCCCCUGAACCUCUUCUAUAAGUGCGUGGCCUUCCUGCCCGUGAAGCUGGUGUUGGUCGCUCUGAAGGAAGUCGUCCGCACUCGUAAGAUCGCAGCGGGAGUUCACCACGCGCACCACGCCUACCACCACGGCCUCUUCAUCAUGGUCAUCGUCGGAUACGUCAAAGGGUCCGGAGUGGCUCUCAUGUCCAACUUCGAGCAGCUGCUGCGCGGCGUGUGGAGGCCCGAGACCAACGAGAUCCUCAACAUGUCAUUCCCAACCAAAGCCAGUCUGUACGGCGCCAUCCUCUUCGCGCUGCAGGAGGCUCACUGGCUGCCAGUGUCCAAGAGCGUCCUCAUCCUGGCCUUCACCCUCUUCAUGGCCACCAGCAAGGUGGUGAUGACCGCCCGACACUCCCACGGCUCCCCCUUCGCCCUCGUCGAGUCCUGGGUUUGCCACCUGCUGUUCGGUUCCCCUCUGGGUGCGUCGGAGGACGACCACCACCACGCCUCCGCCGCUCCGGCGUCACCGCUCAAAACCAAGGAGGAGCUGAGCGAAGGCGCUCGCAAGCGGAAGGUCAAGAAGGCCGAGUAGGAGGCCGCGCUGCCCCGGCGGACUGCAUCUCUCUCACCCUCAUGGCCUCCACGUGAUGGGACGUCCCAUUCCUUUAGAAGGGAAAAGGAGCAGUGUGAUGUUUUUCCAAAUAAGAGCCUGUCUCUCAGAGCAAAAUGGUGCUUUCUGCAUUUCUACAUAGCACGAGGACUCUGUAACUCCUAUGGCAAGUGUUUCCCACCUUACCCCAACCUGGACAACCAAAACCUAUUCAUGAGCUUGUAAACAUCUGCAUCUGUGUUCCACCGUGUGGUCCAUGUCCGUAGGAGCUGCAUGGUCAUUUAGGACGUGGUCUUCUUCUCGCGUCACUAGUUGUGUUACCAGGUGUCAGUGGUUUGUUUACCUUUGGUGCACCAAACCUGAUUUAUUUACAGAAAGAAGCUACUUUUUAAAAAAGAAAAUGAUUCUGGCUCUGAAGAAGUUCCAAUGUGAAUAAAGCAUUAAGUGAAAGACUUGUGACUUUUCACAUUGAGACGAAGAGGAAAACGGUCUUUGAAUAAAAUCAAGAGAAACUGUG